CGUAAUUUAAGUGCUCCUCAGCAUGACGAAGCACUGAACAGAAGAGUCCUGCUCACUGAAAUCUGCAAGGAUUGCAAAGAAUGGCAGCACCAGCGGUCAGCAGCUGCGCAUCAGCAUCGGCUGCCAGGGGGUUUGCCAGCAUUGGCCCAGCUUUUGGUAGGUGUCAAAGAUUCCAGGCCACAGCAUUGCAAACUCGCCGCCCGCACCGUCUGUUUCAUGCAUGUAGCUCUGCAAAGCCGCGCUACACUUCCAGCGAGCCACCACACUCUCUGCAGCCUCAGGAGAACCAUCUGGAAAGUCGGAUCCAGGCAGUGGUCAAUCCAAGCAGAAGAAAGCUUCUCGUGGGGACUGGCUUGGCAGUAGCCAUGGCAUCUUCAGAAGGUCCAAGUGCCUCAGCAGCGGAAGGUGCUGAUGCAAGCACCCUGCCAAAGGUUCCAAUUGGGAAGGAGAUUGCACCAGGUUUGGCACCGUCUGCUGUCAUCAAGGGCUGCUGGCAGCUGGCAGGUGGUCACAGGGGCGACCGCAGCACCGAUCGGACCACCGGCAAAGCAGCGGUCGAAGAUUUCCAGCCAUUUGUCAAUGCUGGGAUCACAACGUUUGACACCGCCGAUAUCUACGGCCCCUCCGAGUCCCUCAUAGGGGACUACUUGCGUAAAACGAAAGACCGUCCCCCUGUGCAGGUUUUCACCAAGUGCUGCUUCUUUGGAAGCUCUCAGCAGAACGUGAGCCUCCAGGCCGUGGAGCAAAAGAUCGAUCUCUCUCGCCAGCACCUGGGGGUGGACUCCCUCGAUCUAGUUCAGAUGUACUGGCAAGACUAUUCGGUGCGCAACUAUGUGAAAGCAGCGCAGGCGCUCCAAGCGCUUCAGGAAAAGGGCAAGAUUCGGGCAGUGGCAGUCACCAACCUCGCCACAAAGCAGCUUGAGGAAAUGGUCUCGGCGGGCGUCAAAAUCGCGGCCAACCAGGUGCAAUACUCGCUCUUGGACCGACGGCCCGAGAACGGCCUGGUCGACUUCUGUCAGAAGCACGACAUCAGCCUGCUGCCUUUCGGAACUGUCGGGGGGGGCUUUUUGACCGACAAAUACUUGGGAGUGUCCGCCGAUCAGGCAUCCAAGACCAUCAACACGUACAGCCUCCAGAAAUAUGCCAACACGCUGGGAAGGGUGGGCUCCUGGGAUUGGCUGCAAGAGCUGCUGACGUGUCUUCGCUCCAUCGCUGACAAGCACUCGACUGACGUUGCAAACGUCUCGUCCAAGUGGGUCCUCCAACGGCCCACAGUCGCGGCAAUAAUCAUUGGGGCCCGGAACGCCAACCACGUGGAGGAUCAUCGACGGCUGUUUACAUUUGAGUUGGACGGCGAAGAUCUCGCUACGAUAGAUGUGGUGUUGGCCAAGGGGCGUAAGCCGCAAGGAGACGUCUCCGUCAGUUGAGAUCUUAGAGAUGCUUCCUAGAGAUCACGAUGCAGGAGGAAUUAGACAGUGCUGCAUGCCCGCUGGAUUCGUUGGCUAUUAGAAUACGCGAGACAUGUUCGGGCCUCCGAAAGAAGAGUAUACUGCAAGCGAAGCAAUUCUGCAAGCCAGUCCUACCUCAGGUCCAGAGAUCAAUCUAGGUGAACAUCAUUUGCAACGGUCAAUUUAGUAUUUUCGACCAGUCAUGCUGGUCGGACUGAUUUCUAUAUGACCCUAAUGCCUCGGGCAUCACUAGUUGGGCUGAUGUAGCAAUUCACUUAGGUCCUUAUGCAUGUCGUGGAGCUUGAGCUACUGCAAGGAAGUUGCUGCACAGAAUGUAGGCUGAGGCGGCGAAGCGUCAGGCCUA